CUUGGGAGGCGGACCAGGGUACGGAGCAGAAGGAAGAUCCGGGAGCUAGCGAAAACCAAAAGGGUCGGGCCUGGGACUGGCAAAACGGGAGAAAGGAAGAACUGAAAGAGAAGACGACAUCCAAAUCAUUUUAAGUUUUUUUUAUUUGUUUAUUUGGUUAUUUUUCCUCAUUUCAUUUCAAUUUGCUUUCAAAUAUAUUAAUAAUAAACGACGUUAUUUCGGUGAUGCCGUCCAACGCUGCCGCCACCACCACCACCACAUUCAAAACUUCAGAUUUCGAAUAUGACGCAGCUGCAAACAAAAUGAGUGAAGACCGGCUGGACCAGGACAAGCUGGGCAGCAGCACCCCCACCCGAAAAGUUGGGAGGCCUGGCAGGAAACGCAAGCAGCUAUCGGUCCACCAGGGGCACUAUGGAGUGGAUGCCAUAUCAAGAAUGCUUAGAAUGAGUCAGGUGGCGAGCUGUGGGGCCUCGAAGGAGGGUCCCGACGGCCAGUCCUCGGACCAGGUGCCCAACGGCGAGCUGGGGGCGGGUCACCCCUCCUCCAAGCAGGACCGGAACGCCCCGGAGAACGGCGUUCCCAGGGAGCGGAAUUCCGGGCGGCUCCUGGAGAACGGGCUCCUGACCCCGCCGGACGACCCGGAACAGGAAGAGAAGGACGGGGAGCCGGCCCCGCCCACCCAGCGCAGGAAACGCGGCAGGCGGAAACUAGAACACCCCGAAAAGCAUGUGGAGGACAAGGAUGAGGGCAGCAGCGACGGGGCCAGGACGGAGGGAGACAGAGCCCGGCAUCGCGGGGGCGUAGGCCGGGAGAUCAGCUUGCGUCAGAGGCCCAUGCCGAGAGUUUCCUUCCAGGCCGGAGACCCUUAUUACAUUAGCAGGCGGAAGAGGGAUGAGUGGUUGGCCAAGUGGAAGAUGGAGGCAGAGAAGAAGGCUCAGCUGGUUGCCGUGAUGAACGCGAUGGAGGAUAAAAUGGGGCCGGAGCCCCAGAAAGCGGAACAGGAAGUGGUCACCAGCCCCCCUCCCCCUCCCCCGCAGCAGCAGGCCACAGACCCCGCCUCUCCCACCGUGGCCACCACCCCCGAGCCAGUGCCCGUGCCCGUCGUCAGCGGCGACAAGGCCACGCCCAAGUCCUCCGACAUGGAGCCCGAAUACGAGGACGGCCGGGGCUUCGGCAUCGGGGAGCUGGUGUGGGGGAAGCUGCGGGGGUUCUCCUGGUGGCCGGGCCGCAUCGUGUCCUGGUGGAUGACGGGGCGCAGCCGGGCGGCAGAGGGCACGCGCUGGGUCAUGUGGUUUGGCGACGGAAAGUUCUCCGUGGUGUGUGUGGAAAAAUUGUUGCCUUUGAGUUCCUUUUCCAACGCCUUUCACCAGCCAACAUACAACAAACAACCCAUGUACAAGAAAGCAAUCUACGAGGUGCUACAGGUGGCCAGCUCCCGGGCGGGUAAGCUGUUCCCCUCCUGCCCUGAGCCUGAUGACACGGACACGUCUAAGUCUGUGGACCUGCAGAACAAGCAGAUGGUCCAGUGGGCCAUGAGCGGCUUCCAGCCCUCUGGACCCAAAGGACUGGAGCCGCCUGAAGAGGAGCGCAGUCCUUAUAAGGAGGUGUACCCGGAGAUGUGGGUGGAGCCGGAGGCGGCGGCCUACACCCCUCCCCCUCCCGCUAAGAAGCCGCGCAAAAGCACCGCCGAGAAACCCAAGAUCAAAGAGAUCAUCGACGAGGGGACCCGAGAGCGGCUCGUGUACGAAGUGCGACAGAAGUGCAGAAACAUCGAAGAUAUCUGUAUUUCCUGUGGAAGCCUGAAUGUGUCCCUGGAGCAUCCUCUCUUCACUGGGGGCAUGUGCCAAAGCUGCAAGAACUGUUUCCUGGAGUGUGCGUAUCAGUACGAUGACGACGGCUACCAGUCCUACUGCACAAUCUGCUGCGGCGGCCGUGAGGUGCUAAUGUGUGGCAACAACAACUGUUGUCGGUGCUUCUGUGUGGAGUGUGUAGACCUCCUGGUGGGGCCAGGCGCGGCCCAGGCAGCCAUUAAAGAGGACCCCUGGAACUGUUACAUGUGCGGCAGCAAGAACCUCUACGGACUGCUGAGGCGCCGGGACGACUGGCCCUCCCGCCUGCAGCACUUCUUCGCCAACAACCACGACCAGGACUUUGAUCCACCAAAGCUUUACCCGCCGGUCCAAGCUGAGAGGAGAAACCCCAUUCGGGUCCUGUCGCUGUUCGACGGCAUCGCGACAGGGCUCCUGGUGCUAAAGGACCUUGGGAUCCAGGUAGAGCGCUACAUAGCGUCGGAGGUGUGCGAGGACUCCAUCACUGUGGGCAUCGUGCGGCACCAAGGCCGGAUCAUGUACGUGGGAGACGUGAGGAACGUCACACGCAAACACAUUCAGGAGUGGGGUCCCUUUGACCUGGUCAUCGGGGGAAGCCCCUGCAAUGACCUCUCCAUUGUAAAUCCUGCUCGCAAAGGACUGUACGAGGGGACGGGGCGCCUGUUCUUCGAGUUCUACCGGCUGCUCCACGAGGCCCGGCCCAAGGAGGGGGAGUCGCGGCCGUUCUUCUGGCUGUUCGAGAACGUGGUGGCCAUGGGCGUCAGCGACAAGAGGGACAUCUCCCGCUUCCUGGAGUGUAACCCCGUGAUGAUCGAUGCGAAGGAGGUCUCCGCUGCGCACCGGGCGCGGUACUUCUGGGGGAACCUGCCCGGGAUGAACAGGUUGGUUUCAGAACGACCCCUGACAGCCAUGGUCAAUGACAAACUGGAUCUCCAAGAUUGCCUGGAGCAUGGAAGGACAGCCAAGUUCGGCAAAGUGAGAACCAUCACCACUCGGUCUAAUUCUAUCAAGCAGGGCAAAGACCAGCACUUCCCCGUCUACAUGAACGAAAAGGAGGACAUAUUGUGGUGUACCGAAAUGGAACGGGUGUUUGGCUUUCCUGUACAUUACACAGACGUCUCCAACAUGAGCCGACUGGCCAGGCAAAGGCUGCUGGGAAGGUCAUGGAGUGUCCCAGUCAUCCGGCACCUGUUCGCCCCGCUCAAAGAUUACUUUGCCUGCGUUUAACGGGCCGCGUUGCCCUCGGCGACACGAGGAAACAACACAAGAACUGUUAUUUAAAACAUGAAACAGCGUAAAUACAAAAAUGAAAAAAAAAAAAAAAAAAAAUUUUACUCUUCUUGAUUAUUCAAACACAUUUAAAAAAGUAGAUGUUUUACGUUAUUUCCUGAAUUUUAAAAGUCAUUCUUUUAUCCUAUUUAAUUUUUUAUGUCAUGUUAUUUUUUUAAAUUGUUAUUUUUUAGCAAUGUUAUCCAGUCGUUUGUUUUUUCUUUUCAGAAUUGAGUUACGUGUGCAAGCUGUACUUAAGACAAAGCUUCAUCUUACAGCACUGAGUUAACGAAAAACGUUUUUGGAAACCGAUAAAAGCUGAAAAACAACGAUCAUUCUUAAGGUGCAUAUUAUAUACGUGUAUACGCCGUAUAUACUCUAUGUGGUGCAUAUAUAUGUGUGCUAAUGGGAAAAUCAUUUCAGCUGAGUGGUGGUUUGGGUAGGGGUGCUACACUUCAGCGGAUAGGGAGGGUGGUUUUUGGGUAGCGGGUGCUAUAAUUCAGUAACGCUCACUCAAACUUCCAGCUAUUGAGCCUUCAAUGAGCGAGCUACGUACCAACCAACCGCAGGAACGAAACUGCUCUUCUACACUGUCGAGACGAUUCCGUCUUAUGGAAACCCUUGGAAUUGAGAAACAAGCAAACAAACAAGAAAAAAAAAAUCAACCAACCAUACACACACACACACACACACACAUGCACACAUACACGGACACACACGGACACACACACACACACACACACCACACUUACCAGUCCAUUUACCUCUUGUUUACAGUUUAUCUACACAGGUUUAAAGGUACUACUGUACAAUGAUGAUGAAACAAUAAUGGUGCUUAAAUAGAUGACGAAAAACACGCUCUCAUGUGGCCUUACAGAACGGACCGGGACGGGGCCGUGGGGAACGCCCUUAGAGGCUCCCGGCCCUGCUCGUCUUUUUCUACUCACUUUCUGUUUCUUCUUCUACAGUUUUUCAUUUCUUGAAUUUAUAAAACUGCGCGACACUUCCAUAUAACGGAGUAAUGCAAUACGACUGUGGCUACAAAAAAAAUAAAAACUAAAAAGAAGGGGGGAUCCAGGUGACGUUGGCGUGGGGAGGGAGGGAGCGAGGGAGGGAGAAGAGAGGGGAAAGCCACUUGCAGUUUUUUUAUUAUUAUUUUUUAAAAUCUGCCGCAGCUUUUAUACAAGAACUGUACUGGUGCUCAGACCUCCACUCCUUGGCCUUAGUGGCCCUCUCGGCCAUAUCCUGUGGCUGCACAAACCCGGGGCCCCCCAAGCCAGCCAACUGGGCAGCGCUGUUUUUUGUCAUCCGUUGAAAACGAGAAAAAAAAAUAAACUAACAAGAAAAAAAAAAACCUAAAAAAAAAAAAAAAACCUUGGGAUCACAGACUGCGGUGAGCUGUGUGUUUUUUUACAGUUUCACCAGAAGGGUGGGGGAGUCAUUUUACUGUACAACUGUGGAAUGGGACAGGAAGUCAGGAGGGGAGGUCAGUGAGUCAGUGAGGAGGGGGGUGGGAGGGGUCAAAGGUGGUGCAUUUUUCAGCCAAUCGCGCACGACUCCUCUCUCUGGGCUCUUUCCGGUCGGCCAUCUUUCUCCUCCCGUCUCCUUGCCUGACCCGGACGUCGGUCGAGGUCUGGCAUCGUUAAACUCUCCUUCUCAGAGCUAGAAUUCAGGAGGCUCCUGAACCCUUUUUCUCGAGCAAGAAAACGCGCGUCGGGAGGAUCCACCGCUCCCCGCCCACCGCGUCUCGUAAGCGACGUGCGACGGCGUUCCGUUCGCGCCGAUUCACAUUUUCUCCGUCUCCCCAUCUUCACUUUGCUAGCCUCUCCCGCGAUGGCUGGAGUUAGGAGCAGGAAAAGGAGCAAGGACAGGAAUAAGGAGGUGAAAGUUAAGCGGGUUGGAAAGAGCCCCCUCUCUCUCUCUCUCUCUCUUUCUCGCUCUCUCUUUCUCUCUUGCCCCCUCUACGUGCUACAAUUCAGUCAGGUGCAAAAAAAUCUGCAAACAGAUAUGGUGCGGUUUCUCAUAGCUAUUCUGCCUUCCUCCUGCAGCUGUGCGCUUGUGCGCUUCUUUCCUUUCAUUCUGUCCUUUAUUUCUCCCCUUUUCUCCUCUCCUCCUUUCAUUUUCUUCCGUUCUGUCGUUCAAGGCGCUCCCUCUUCCUUCUGCCUGCGUUUGCCGUCUUUAUGUUUCGAAAUGUUUUUUUUUUUUUUUUUUACUUUGCGUUUGUUCGUUUUUUUUUAUUGUUAUUGUUUCCGAUGUAAAAUGUGACCAUGUUAGGGCUGUGUCGUGGAGACGACAGACGACGGGAGGUUAUGUGGAAAGGGGAUGGGUGCGUGUGUGGGGUUUUACGUAUUUUUAUAGCCAGAAAUGAUGGAGAAAUUUUAAGAAUUAACGAAUCUACCCCCCCCCCCCCCCCAGGAUUCUGUCUGUUGUAGGUUAGAGCUUGUUGUGUUACAGGGGCCGCUCUGUGUGUGUGUGGGGGGGACCGGGGGUGGGGGCAGGGGCAGGCAGGAGACCCAAACGCUUCAGGUGCUACACCAGGCUCUGCCGCGCGAGACCAACUACAUCCGCGCAGGACUGGCGAUUCCAUCCCCCCCUCCCCCUCCACGACAAUGGAACAGUCCGAGUUCCUGUUCCUGUUCUCUGGGUAUUUCAGUGCACAGGAGUAACGCAUUACAGAUUAUCGCCUGCAAUACAGUCAAAUCUGUAUGUGUUUUUUUUUUUUGUUUUGUUUUGUUUUGCGAUGGUUUAAUAUUGGAGGGGGGGGGGCAGGACUGUGCUCUCCUAUACGUCACAGAGGAAUAUCUGGGGUUCGGCAAGGACGAGAAAAAAAAAACCGAGCAGAAUAGAUAAAUAAUGGAAAGGAAUUGCAUUUUUAAUCACGACGCUUCCUUUUUGGUGCAACUCGAGUGCAGAGAAACGACUUAAUCCUUGGAAAGCCAAUGUGAUCACGGACCCCAGCCACAGGUCAAUGGGUUUAUACUGUAGUAGCCUCCAUUGCACUGGAUUGUAUGUGAACUCUUCAACUUUUGUUAACCAGUCGAUCCUUUCUCCUGUGGUCCAUCUCCAGUAUAAUAAUAAUGGCGAGAUUUUAUUGUACAUAAACCAGUUUGCCUGUUUGCCUGUUUUUUUUUUUUAUUUGUUUUUUUUUUCAAUUUGUUUUAUUUUUGUUUUAUGUCUUUUUAAAUUACCUAUGAGAUGUACAAAUAUGAUUCUUUGCUAAUAUAUAUCAUGAAAUUAGUAAAGCUUAGAUAAAAACGAAAACGAUGACAAGAGGUGAUGAAUUUGUAUGAAAAUAAGCUAUGAAAUUAUGGAGUGAGUGAUAGGCCGACUCCUGACUCGCCCUUUUGUAUUUAUGAAUUGUUUUUAAUGUCUGAUUGAAAAGUGGUUUGUGAUGAAUUUGUGAUCUUAACAAUAACUUGUCGACAGCUUUAAAGAAGGAAAAAUCUCAGCUUUAGCGCACAGCCCUACAAGCGCUAUUUUUUUGUUUUUUUUUCGUUUCUUUACUUUUUUUAUUUUAUUAAAAAAAAAGACUAAAAAAGAGGGACUGUAGGUGUUUCAUAAAGGUGCUAAACAAUUUUAUCUUAAAAAAGAAAAAUAUAUUGUUAGGAAGAAAAAUCAACUUGUCUUGACAAUGACUGUUUUUAAGUUCUCGUAGUAAUGGAAAAAAAAAAAAAAGCACUAUAAUUUUACUCUUAUAUGAAUAUAUUAACAAAGGCAUUUUAACUUUGUACUUGAAAAAAAAUAAUAAAAAAAUAAAAAAUGGACAGAUUCAUGUGUUUUAGCCUAGACAUUGCUGUAGUCGGUGCUUACUUAUCUGUGGGAAAAAAAAUCAUGUAUUCAUUGGAAAUUAGAGAUACAUUUGGUAAUAACAUUUACUGUCACAUAUGUACUUGCUUGGUUUCCCCGGCCUCCACCACUCUUCCCGACAUUCCAUGCAGAAGACCCAUCAUCCCCGUUUAUUUCCGUCGUUCGUUUUCGUUUCGUUUUUUGGACUUGUAAUUUUUCUUUUUUGUUUUUUUUGUUUUUUGUUUUUUUUCUCGAGCCGUCGCUUUGGUAUUUAUUGACAACAAUAAUGUACAUUUGACAGUCUCUUUAUAACAGGUCAGUUUCUGGAUAUAUCGCUCAGUGAUUACUGUUGUACUUCUGUGUAACUCUUUUUGGUGACAUAGCUGUUGAUGGAUUAUACUCUUCUCGAGGUCAGUGCGUACCGCCCCAUGUAGCAGUCACAUCACUCCACUCUCCUCCCCUUUCUUUUCCGUGCCCAGAAAGAAGAACUCCUCCUUUCCUAUGUAACUUGUGCUGGAGAACACUUGAAUAAAUGUACUGUUUUUGUGCAAAAAAAAAAAA